AAUCUGAGCCAAAGCUAGAGAAUGCUUCAUGUAACUGCUGUGGCAAGACGCAUGGCAGUAUUGUAUCUAUCUUGUUCUGGAACUCUAAUUCGCUUUCUCGCAGUCUCUCCCAUAAGUUCUUAUCUGGUCCAGUUUCUUGUUUUUAUGUACACUCUCUUUUAGGAGUUCUGGUCCUUGUGCGUGACAUAGGAGCAACACCAAGGAGCAACUUUCAGGGAUUUAAGAAUAAAUAGACAGAAUUUUCGUGUUUAGCACCAUGGAGAAGUCUGACUUUGACCUGGACCUGAUUGGCAUUUCAGGAUUGCCUACUGUAUGAAGAUGAACGUGGAUGAUAAAAACAUAGAACCAUUGACUGAUUUAAGCCUUGCUCUAGGUUUUUCCAAUCAGUGCAUUGAGAGUAUAUUGAAUGAUGAUAAUCCAGGUGCAGGUGCAAAUGCAGCUUCAAGUUUAGACAUGACAUUUGUGGCCACAGACCCUCUUUCCGAACUGGUUUGGUCUCCGAAGAAAGGUUUAAGUAUUAAAUGUGCUGACGGCAGCUUCUCCAACAAAAAGGCAUCUCUUCUAUUGGGUGUAGGACCUGUCAAUAUGGCAAGUGGAUCAAGUUCCAAUAAACCUAUCAGAAGUUUUGAUAAACCAAUCAACAAAACCAAGUUUAUGGCAUCUCUGACAGCAUGUGAUCUGAGAAGUAAAGUUACUAGAGAGGAUGAUUCUGCUAGGUUUCCUACUAGCGAUGUAGGCAUCAUGCCAUUUAGUGGAACAAGUCAUGAACUCAAGGCAGCAACUGAUGAUUGCAUGGAGGAAAUGAAAAAUGCAGUGGACACUUUUUUUCUUCAUAAGGAGGACCCGAGAGAUAACAAAGGGGAAGGCGAAACCAAAAUGGAUGCGACACACAAGGAUCAAACUUGUGAGGAACCUAUUCAAAGAGCUACAUAUGUUAGUGACGAGAAUCGUGCAUUAGGAAUGGAAAUUGUUUUUGCACCUGAAUCUCAUACUAUGGAAGAAUGUGAAGCUCUUGAUGCUAAAAUGAAAAAUUUAACAUCCUUUGGAAAAGGACAUAGGGAACUGGAAGCAACUGCUGAGAAUGAUCUAGAAGCUCCACUUGAUGAAAAUGCUUGUGGUCUGAAAACUGAGUUUGUAGCUUUGCAAUCUGUUAAUAGAGUCAAAAAUAACAGUCAUCAGGAUGAUGAGUUUCUUCCUACUAACAAAACUCUUGCAAUUAAACAGUCUCCUACUAACAGCAGAAUCCAAAGAGAUGAAAGUGGCAAGUCGAAGGCCUUAUCCGAUGGAGGGGCAAGUGAAAGGAUGUUGAAUGAGGAGGAUGGAAGCCACGAGAGUGUUGAAAGCUGUAACACUGCUGGGCUAUAUUCAACAGGAAAACGGCGAUGGAACUUUGAGCAACAGUUGAUUGUAGGGAGCAAAAGAGUAAAAAGGCAAAUUCAAGAAAGUCCUAGUUCUGCACCGCCUAUUAAACAAGAUAGCUCAUUCAUGAAUUGGAUUUCAAACAUGAUGAAAGGAUUCUCAAAAUCAAGCAAAGGUGACGAACCUUCUCUUUUUCAUGCCCUUGCAAAUUCUAAUCAUGGACUUGAGAAUCCUGAUCGUGAUGUUAUAGCAUGCAAAAGAAAUGGAGAUCCUGGUUGCAGGACUAUAGGCUUUCAAUCAAUUUUUCAGUCACUCUAUUGCCAGAAGACAAAUGUUCAACAAGCUGUCACCUUGAGUGUUGAUCAUCGAACAGAAGGAUCAGAAGAACUUGAGCUUGAUAAUAAGAGAUGCAACUUGAAUGCUACUCCAAUAGCUUGUCGUAUGGUGACUGGUAAUGUUUACAAACAGUUUCUUCCAUCAAAUAAGAGCUACAAUGGGAUUUCAUCUGGCAAUCAAAUGAGUCCAGUUGUACAUUCUAAAGAUGUAUAUAUGAAUUUUGCUGCUAUUCAGGAAAACAGCAGCAAUAAUACCGCAGAGAACAAAAAUCCAAACAAUUUGGCAACUGAUAAGGAGAAAGAUGGAACAAGCUCCAAUUCAUCUCAGGGUAAAUGGAAGACAAACAGUGUUGAGAAAUUUGAUUCUGAACCUCCAUCUGAAGGGAAUACGGCCUGUAAUUUAGGUUCCAAAGGUGAGCUGUUGAAAAGCUUAUGGAUAUCUCGGUUUACUCCAAAAGCUUCUGGUCCCUUUUUGAACCGAGAUCUUUCCAACAAAAGUAUUGUUGAUGCUCCUGAUUGUUCUGCUGAUGGUCUGACAUGGAAAACUCAAUUACAGAAUCCUCUAGCUUCUUCCAGUGAAUAUGAAAAUGUUGAGGUUACUGAACAAUCUGCUGAAGAGCCACAGCGUGUGCAAAACUAUGGUACUGCUUCUGAGGCCUCAUUUGGUUUCUAUAAAGUUAAAGGACAACAUGAUGACAAGUCCAUCUAUAAACUGAACCCGAUCUUGCUUUCCGGGAGUUCAAAAAACUCAGAUGCAAUGGCUUCUGUCUUUGCAAGGAGAUUGGAUGCCCUCAAACACAUCACACCAUCAGAUGAACCGGAUGGCACAGCUGAAGCAAUUAUGACAUGCUUCUUUUGUGGUAUAAAAGGUCACAAUUUGCGAGAAUGUUCAGAGGUCCCUGAAUCUGAUCUUGAAGAUCUUCUAAGAAAGAUCAAUUCAUAUGAUACGGCAAAAGAAUUGCCUUGUCUGUGUAUUAGAUGCUUUCAGCUCAAUCACUGGGCAGUUGCAUGUCCCAAUACAUGUUCAAAACCAAGCAAUCAAGCAGAAUGUGGUACUUCUUUGGUCAACCAUUGUGGACUCAGCAAAAUGCAGCUUCAUGUAAGAAAUGAAGACAAUAUAAUGCUAAAAGAUGCUGCUGGUCGUGCACUUAGAGUUUGUGAUAGGAAUGAUUCAGGAAUGGAGAAAGGUACGAAUUUGCUCUGGAAAUUGAAUGAAGCUGCAAAAUUUGGAAAACCGAAAUUGGAUGUAAAACUUUUCGAGAAAGAAAUUGCUCCAAGUUCUGUUGAAAAGAGGUGGAAAGGAAAGCUAAUGACACCAUUAUAUGGAUUUAGUGAUGACCAGAUUUCUGAUGCACCAAAAGAAAUCUUUGAUGCCAUAAGAAGGCUUCGUCUGUCCCGAACAGAUAUUCUAAAAUGGACAAAUUCCCGCAUGCCACUUUCAAAUCUUGCUGGUCUUUUCCUGCGUUUGAGGCUGGGGAAGUGGGAAGAGGGACUAGGGGGAACCGGAUACUAUGUAGCUUGCAUUACUGGAGCACAGAUGCAGAGUUCACCACAGAAAUCGAAAAAAAAAUCCAUUACUGUCAAUGUAGGCGGGAUCAAAUGUUUAGUUGAAAGUCAAUAUGUCUCCAACCAAGAUUUCCUUGAGGACGAGCUCAUGGCAUGGUGGUCUGCUAUUUCCAGGAGUGGUGGCAAGUUACCAUCUGAAGAAGAGUUAAGAUUGAAAGUCGAAGAGAAGAAAAUGUUGGGAUUUUAGGCUUAAAUCUAUUUCAGAGUAUAGGCAUUCAUUGUCAAUAGUUUUGAGUUACUGUCUACACAAUUGUAAAGUUACAAGCAAUGCCAAAGGUGAGAUAUGCCUUUUUUGUACAUAAUUUCAUUUAUCGGAUUUAGUUCUUGUGUGAGCUUCCAGCUC